AUGAACUGGAUAGUAGAGGGCUGUCAGGGCGAUAGCCGCCAUAUGCUUACUUUUCAAUGCUGGGCACCCCAGGCAAAGAGGUAUUUGACAAUCAAGGACCCCUUACAUAAUCGCUGGAAGGAGGGCAUUACAGGGGGUGUCUACUUAAGUAAUUUUCAAGCAUACCCCUGCCAGACCAUCACGAUUCGCCAAUACCUGGAAGUAAACACCCCUGAACAUCUUGAAGAAGUGCAACAGGCCAUUAAAACCCAGGAAACCCACCUACAGUCUCACAUACAACAAAACGCUAGGACCCUUCCCUUUUCUUGUUUAAAUCUCCUACAGGAGGGGCUUGAUUUAUUCCAGCACACCCUCCCCAAUAUUUCCUUGACUCAGUGCUUCUUCUGCACUUCCCUUAUAGAAGCCCCUGUGGUAGCAAUUCAGGCACUGACAAGAAAGAACCUACCUUGUCCUCCAGACCCUCCCUCAAAGCCCAAACUUAUCAGGGAGGUACCACUAUUUGAGACACCUGAAGCAAAUGUGACCUUGAGACAUCAUUAUAAGCAGCCUUCCCUUCUCUGCUCCCUGCCAGGCACCUUCCUGUGGUGCAAUGGGACCUUAUACAAAACCAACUUGGCAAACGCUUCUCACCUGCCAGUCACCCUAGUCCCUAGGCUGACUCUGUAUGGGGGAGCUGAGUUUGCCAACUCCUGGGCCUUGGAUUCCCAUCACAAGAGAGCAGUCCUCCUGCCUUUAGUGGCAGGGAUCUCCCUCACUACCUCCAUUCUGGCCAUGGGAGUGAGUGCCGGUGCCCUGGAUUUCAGUAUUAUGGCCCUAGAAAAACUGGAAUGGCAGCUUGAGGCAGCCGUCCAGGCAUCUGCAGCCUCUCUGGCAUCCCUCCAGAGGCAAGUCACCUCCUUGCCCCAGGUAACUCUCCAAAACCACUGGGCUUUAGACCUCCUUACUACAGAGAAGGGAGAGACCUGUCUAUUCCUCUGGGAACAAUGUUACUGUAUCAAUGAGUUGGGACUCGUGGAGCAAAAUGUUCAAAAACUAGAAGAACUAAAAAAGAAACUCCAGGGAACCAGCAUAUCAGAUAGUAAUCCGUACAGCUGGUUUCAAUCCCCUACUAUGGCCUGGUUGGUGCCUCUCCUGGGCCCUGUUGCAGCAAUCUGUUUUAUACUCCUUAUUGGCCCAUGUGUUUUCAGGUUCCUUCAACAGCACAUAGUGGAAAUAUCACACAUAAAAGUCAAUCAACUGUUGCUGCACAAGUACUCGCCCCUCCCGACUAAGCUUCUUCCAGCCGUCAACCAGCCUUAA